CUCGAGUCAAUUGCUGCUGGUGCGCGAUUAAUGCGCCAGGCAUUUGCUCCUUGCUUUGCCUUUGAGAUCUCUCUCUCUCUCUCUGAUCCAUGCGGCUCUAGAUUCCCGUCCACGGGCAAGGCUUGGUCUCCCCCGCAUCGUCUUUCUUUUCGUUCUCGCGAUCCAGAUUUGUUCCUUAGGGUUUGGGAGAGAUGGACUCCGGGGAGGUUGUGGCUCCUGGCUUCACCGAGGCUUUGCACCCGUCGAUCAAAGAACUCAAGAAGAAACAUCAAAGGGAUUUGCAGAACUUGACUUUGGCCACUCAACCUUUCAAGACUUUUUAUUUGUUUGUGUUUGCUACACUACAAUAUCUUAGGCAAUCACUUAUAUAUAUUUUAAGAAAGGGCCGUUGGAUCAUGGCUUUAACUGUUCUUUUUGCUGCUCUGGGUUUCUUUCUUAUGAAUGAUUAUGGCUCCAAUGAGAAGCAUAUUGUGGAAUUGCUUCAUUAUUCGAACUAUGUUCUGUGGUGGGUGGCACUAGGUGUGGCAUCAUCGAUUGGGCUUGGAUCUGGUUUGCACACAUUUGUGCUGUAUUUAGGUCCCCAUAUUGCUUUUUUCACUAUCAAGGCCAUGAAGUGCGGCCGAGUGGAUCUCAAAACUGCCUCAUAUGAUACCAUACAGUUAAAAAGAAGACCUUCAUGGCUUGAAAAAGGGUGUUCUGAGUUUGGACCACCAGUGUAUCAUGCCUUACCUGGCAGUUUAGUUAGGAUUCCUAUCUGCAGUAUUCUUCCUCAAGUUCAGCUGGAGGCGAUUCUUUGGGGUUUGGGUACUGCCCUUGGUGAGCUUCCACCUUAUUUCAUCUCAAGAGCAGCAAGCUUGUCUGGAAACAAAAUGGAGUUGGAGGAAUUGGAUGCAGUGUCAACGAAAGAAGACAGCUUGAUAUCUGCUUUUUUAAAGAAAAUUAAACGUUGGUUCUUUACUCACUCCCAGCAUCUUAACUUCCUAACAAUUUUGAUACUUGCUUCAGUUCCAAACCCACUUUUUGAUCUUGCUGGUAUUAUGUGUGGGCAAUUUGGGAUCCCAUUUUGGAAAUUCUUCCUAGCAACCUUGAUCGGAAAGGCAUUGAUAAAGACUCAUAUUCAGACAGUUUUCAUUAUUUCUCUGUGUAAUAAUCAACUCUUGGAAUGGUUGGAGAAUGAGUUAAUAUGGGCGCUAGGUCUGAUCCCUGGUCUAUCUUCUGUGCUGCCAAACAUUAUUGCUAAAUUACGAACGGUACAGGGCAAGUAUUUAUCCUCCCCGGUUCCAGAAUCGCCCCAACCAGACGGAACGGCGCAGCAGCAGUGGAACCUAUCGUUCACGAUGAUAUGGAAUACGGUGAUAUUGCUCGUGCUCGCUAACUUCUUUGUGAAAAUAGUGACUGCUACGGCAAAACGAUACCUAAAGGAGCAGCAAGAAUUGGAGUUGGCUAAUCAAGAAAAGAUGUUAAAUUCACUUGAGCAGUAGAUUCAACUAAUAUCUGCUACCGGAAGCUACAUUCGAUUCAUUCAGCAGGCACCCUCGGCUACAAUCCGUUAAAGCACAACUCUCCCAUGGCAAAAUCAAUGGCAGGUUCUAUUUGUUCACCUGCUCCGAAGGGAAUCAACUUAUGCAUUUAAUUUCAAACAUGAGAAAAUCUAGCAGUUAAAGUAAAUCCUCAUGUUUAACAAUCAUUUGUAGUUCAAGCAAUCACUUGUAAACCGUCUCUUUCUGGUUUAAAAAUGCUUCAAAGGUACCUUAAUUUUA